AAACAACAAACUCUCUCCCCAAAAAAAGCAAAACUCUCACACUCCUCUUGUUUUAGCUUUCUCCAUUUUUCAUACAAAAACUCUCUUUUCGAUCAUUUCAUUCUCCAAACACUCCCUUAAAAGCUCUGUUUUGCUCUUUUCUCUCCACGACUUCAGUGACUACAGAGUAUAUCCGUCAUAUUAGGACCACAAUGGUUGACGUUGACCGCCGGAUGACCGGUCUCAAUCCAGCACACGUUGCCGGGCUCCGCCGUCUAUCGGCUCGAGCGGCUGCUCCAUCUACCGCUACGUCACUCCCUGUUCGCAAUGGCCUUGAUUCCUUCUCUUCUCUGGCUAAUAAGGUCAUACACCACUUGAAGGAAUCAAAUGUUCAGGUUCAGCCAGGCCUGUCCGACGCCGAGUUCGCGCGUGCGGAGGCGGAGUUCGGUUUCGCAUUCCCUCCCGACCUUCGUGCCCUACUUUCCGCUGGUCUUCCCAUCGGUGCUGGAUUUCCUGACUGGCGCUCUCCCGGUGCUCGCCUCCACCUUCGUGCCUCUUUUGAUCUUCCGAUCGCAGCCAUAUCGUUCCAAAUUGCUCGCAACACGCUCUGGUCCAAAUCGUGGGGCCCUAGACCAUCAGACCCGGAGAAGGCAUUACGAGUUGCGAGAAAUGCACUGAAGAGAGCGCCACUGUUGAUACCGAUUUUCAAUCGUUGUUAUAUUCCCUGCAACCCUUCGUUAGCAGGAAACCCGAUUUUCUACGUCGAUGAGAACCGGAUCUUUUGUUGCGGGUUCGAUCUAUCCGAUUUCUUCGAGCGCGAAUCCUUGUCUGAGAGCUCCGAGUCGGACCAAAAAGUUCUCAAAAAGCAAAGAUCCUUCAGUGAAAAAUCGGUCUAUGCGUCGUCAAAAAUUUCUCGUAAAAGCCUUGAUGCAGGUCUUGCUGGAGCAAGGACACCGAGAUGGGUGGAGUUCUGGAGUGAAGCAGCUGUAGACCGGAGGAAGCGAAACUCGUCUUCGUCGUAUUCAUCAUCGCCGGAGCGGUUCUUUGAUAUGCCGAGGUCCGAAGUUCCAAAGUGGGUGGACGAGUAUAUCCAACAAAUCGGGUCGGUUUUAAGAGGAGGCGGAUGGAGCGAAUCGGACAUAUCGGAUAUAAUACACGUAUCGGCAUCCGGUUUUUUUGAGGGAGAGAUGGUUUUGUUAGACAAUCAAGCGGUUAGGGACGCGCUCCUUUUGAAAGCGGAUCGGUUCUCGGACUCCCUCCGGAAAGCAGGGUGGAGCUCCGAGGAGGUAUCGGAUGUCUUGGGUUUUGAUUUUCGAGAGGAGAAGGAAAGAAAACCGGUUAAGAAGCUGUCGCCAGAGCUGGUAGAGAGAAUCGGAAAACUGGCAGAAUCGGUUUCCAGGUCAUAAAUUUUUUUAUAUUUUUGGGCAAAAAUAUUGGAAAAAAAAAACAUUGGGAACAUCGUUGUUCUAUGAAACGGAGAGCAGCAUAGAUUAAUACAAAUGUUAAAAAAAAGGUAUAUAUGAAUCUCAAAUUACAAGAUGAAUUUGCAAAGUAGAGGAGUUGGAAUGACCUGAAAAAAUAAGAGGGGGGUCAAUCGAAGUGUUUUGUAAAGUAGAAUAAUUUUUUUUUGUACUUACCUUUUGGGAGAUUAAUAAAUUAUUGUUAUUGGGAUUAUUA